GGAAAAGAAUUAGUAUUGUUGGUAAGAAGACGCAGGAAGAAGCGAUUGCAGAGUCUUUUGCUGUCUCUUGCUGCAUCUACAAUCCAGAAUAUCGAACAUGAAGUUCUUCGCCUUUCUCGUUCUAUUCGCUAUCUUCGGGAGCGGGAGUGCUUUGAGAUGCUACCAUUGCCUCGGCGAUAUGUGCCAAAAGGGCGAGUCCAGUUGGGUGGAAGGGGAUUGCUCAGACAUUGGAACAGCACCAAGUGGGACGGAAUGGUACUGCGGAGCUGCCUGGGAUCAGAAUGGUGUCCACCAGAUAUCGAGUUGUUGGCCGUGGACGAAAGAAGGAUGUUGGACCGUAAAUCAGGAAAGCAAAGGAGUAUCUAGCAAGCAGGAGAAUGCUUACAGCCAGGGGACUAUCGGCUGGAAGGAAUGUUAUUGCCAGUCGGACCUCUGCAACACAGCAGCCUUGACAGUCUUCCCCUCUCGUAUUCCGGAAAGCGGCGUGACGAUAAUGGACCACCACGCUGCGUCGGAAUCCUUCAUGAGACACCUGGAGAACGAGAUGAAGAGCCGAGGCGGAUGCCCAGCUGACUGGGUCUGGAUCGUCCCUCCCCUCUCCUCGUCCCUCACCCCCGUCUUCCACCAGGAAAUGGCCCUCUACCACCUCAGUCCUUCCUUCGAAUACCAGAUUCCGGCCUGGAAGACCCAUGGAAAAGUUGCCCUUGGUCCCUCAAAUUCCAGAAGGAAAUUCACUUUUCGAGAGGUUGCCGUGUCAGUGUGGUUCGCCUCGAAGCUAUACAUCCAAGCCCUCCACCGACGGAUCAAAGCGACAAUCCUUUACGCGAGCGAAACGGGACGAUCGGAGCGAUUCGCCUCUAAGCUCUCCUCCCUAUUCGCUCAUGCCUUCAACGCUCACGUAUUUCGCAUGUCGGACUACAAAAUCGUGGACCUCGAGCACGAGUCCCUCGUCCUCGUGGUCACUAGCACAACCGGCAACGGCGACCCUCCCGAGAGCGGAGAAGCCUUUGCCAAGUGGCUGCACUCCAUGAAAAUGGGCGAAACUACUGGCCGCCCCGAAACAAUC